AUGGCAGCUCGGAGGAUUGGUCAGUUUGUUCCAGAUUGGAUUAAGAUUGCGACUAAAGUUCCCAACGAAGCAAAACCGAAUAUGAAUUCUCUUAGGAUGCAGUAUGAGACUAUUAAGACAAGGUGAGGGAAUAAUACCGUCAUGAAUCGAAGUACAUGCAUUUCGUGUAGAUACUGAUAUAAUACAUGCAUUCUAAUUCAGUGUAAUGUGCAUCUGUUUAGCAAUUCUCAUGCGUAUGUUGGUUUUUACGUUAUGUUUUCUAAAUCCUGUGUUCAGUUGCUUUAUUUUCGCGUUAAUGCUACUGCAUAAUUGCUGAUCUGAGAUGUUUUUAAUAUUAAACUGUUCUUCACUGAUAUUGUUAUUGAUCUCGGUUGUUCAAACGUUGGAUAGCGCUCUCCAUCGGAUAAAUCACUGUCCAGUGGAUAAGUACUAGGGAAAUCAAUUGCAAUAUCCAUUGGAUGGAGAUAAAUCAAGUGGAUAGCAUAAUUCACCUUUCGAACAGCAUACUGAGGUAUGAGUUCCCUGAAAGGAACUACAUGUAGCUGUCUUAUUUUGAGGGAGAAGGAUAAAGUGACCCAUAUGUGUCAUGGUACGGUGGCAAAUCUUACAGCAAAACAACAAGAAAUCAAGGCAAAACUACGUCAGUUCAUGAUAAAAACAACAGAACUAAAAAAAAGAAAAAAUGAAAAAAAUGGCACUGUGGAAGAAGGAUGUUUUGUGGUUUGUUUGGGUGAAAAACAGCAGAUGAAGUGGCUACCACUUUUGCCAUUAUUUUUAUAAAAUUUGGUUGUUUUGUGGUGAGUUUGUAUUGUGUUUCUGUGUGGUGACAUUGCAGUGUGAUAUAUUUUCCUCAUUACAUUAUUUUUGCUGUUUUAUUAUAUUUUAGUGUGUUCAUAGGACAUUGUCUUAGUUAAAUGGGCUAGGAUGUGCUUUUUAAGAUGGUUUUACUAUACUUACAAAUGAUCACAGUAUUGACUGAAAGUAAGCACAUUGUACAGCUGUGCAUGUAUAUUAAGCUGUAAAGCAGAGGAAAAGUAGAGAAAAGCCUAAAGGAUGCACAGAUGGGUAACCAUGAGGAAGAUUUAAACAGAUUGCAUUUGGAUUAACUCAUUAAGUGUCUUUUUUCAAGUUUGCCUUAAUUUGUAUGCAUGUGUGGCUUGAAAUGCUCAGGAGUCAUCAACUUUGUUUUUAUUAUGUGGUGAUGAUUUUGUCAGUAAAUGAUGCUUCUUUCAUCAAUUUGUUGGCUAAAUCUCCCAGUUUAAUCAGCCCAAAACACUGAAAAUGCUAACCUACCAUGUGGGUCCUUACCUUUUUUUUGCACCCUUGUCUCAUAUUUAUUAAUCAAGAUUGGAACCACUAUUAUUAUUGUGUACAUUAUUUGCUGUUAUGAGAAGAUCCAUUAACGCAAGGGCCUGUUUGCACAGUGCAAAAUUUUGUUUGUUUCACAAAAAUAUAUGUCAACAGGAAGGCAUUUCUAGUGCAUACAAUGUUUUCACCUUUCCAAAAUUUUCUUAACUGUCACCAAACCUCAAAGAUGCCAUGGAGUCUAUUUGGAGACCUACAAUUUUUUGUCAGGCAACAAAAUCCUUUGUUCCUUGACAGUUAUCCUUCAUCAGGUCAUCUAGUUGUGUAAAUAAGACCAACUAAAGUUUCUUUAAUUGAAGUUCCUGGUUAAAUGAUAAUAAUAAUAAAUUGCAUGUCUUAGAUGCAUAGAAGGUUGCCAAGAAUGAAAAAUUGGUGAAGAUUAAAUUUGCAGAUUUUUUUGCAAAUGCCAAACUCUAUUUUUCAUCAGAGUGCAAAGAGGGCCUAAAGUAGCAAAAAUGGACAAUUUUCUUAGACCAUAGUUCUCAUCCAAUCAACAUACAAGAAAUAACUCAUUUAUUGUAAGAAGCUGUCAGUUUUGUUUGUUGUUGUACUUUGUAGCUUGGAUGCAGUUGCAGCCAAACCAGAACCAAUUAACUGGGAUUAUUAUGCAAAGAACAUUGCCAAACCAGGGAUGGUAGAAGCUUUUAGGAAAGCUGUAAGUUGUCUUUAUUUUUUUUUGUUUAUUGUGAAUCUAGUAGCAGCAAUACAACUGGGUACUUCCAGAGUACCAUAAUUGUUGUUGAGUUAAUUAUACAUGUAUGCAGAACUGUCUUUAUUCAUUUGUAUAUAAAUUCAAGUUGUGUUUAUGAGGAGUAAAAUUUUAUUGAAACAAUGGAGUGCUUUUCAACUUUGAGGCAAAACUUUUGCUGAGCAACCCUUUGUUAAUGUCACAAACUUGAUGAGGGUUACACGUAAGUCUUAAUUUAUACACCUGACAGUGGCUGAAUGUUUUGAUCAGUAUUCUGUUAACUAUUUUCAUGGUUUGUACAUUCUUGAAAAGGUCUUGAAUUUUACCAGUUGUCUUAAAAAGUCGUUGAAUUCGGUAUAGGUUCUUGAAAAGUACUUGAUUUCUUUAUCAGGUCUUGAAAAGUCCUUAAAAUUCACAACAUUGUCUAUGCCUUACAACUUUUUUCUGUAAAAUUCAGGCCAUCUGAUAGAGUGCGAUAAAAAAUCAGAAAUUGUGCGAUAUUUUCAGGGUAGUUUGUGUGAUAAGAUAGGACUAUUAUGCGAUAAAUUAUGUGAUUUUUUCAGGGCUAAUUUACAUUGUUUUACCAGGUUUCAACGGAGAAAAACCACUUAAAUGUUCUUUAACGGGCAAUUUGAAUGUAAAGGAAUAAUAAAACAUCUAUUUUAAAACAAAAUAGUUAAAUUUGUCUGAUUAUUUUGCACGGAAAAGAAAAAGGUCACUUGCUUAAUAUUACAUGACGCCCUUACACCGCUGACCACACUGCUUGUCUCUGAAACGAAAAUGGCUGCCCAGAUACCGCGAUCGAAGGUUUUAGAUGUCUUGCAAGGCUUUGUUUAGUGGUAAAUCACUUUUAAUUAAAUAACAUUAAGACUGGGAAAAUGUUUCAUUUAAGUUAGAAUUCAUUGUUUACCUUACUUGAAUUUAGCAUUUUUUACGAAUUAUGUGAUUUUCCUCAAAUUGUGCGAUCGAAUGCGAUUUGACGUCAAUUGUGCGACAUCGCACCAUCGCGUAAUAUCAGAUGGCCUGAAAGUUAGAUUAUUUUGCUGAGGCAAAUUUGUCUCAUCCUCAGUGUAAGAACCUGUAAAACUCACGGGUAAUGUGAAACAUUUUUGUGCAUGAACAAUAUUUUAUUAAUUCUGUUUCUUUAUUUCAAAUGCUAUUUCUCUGCUUGCAAGUCAUACAGUGUACCUAGUCAUUUUGCAAAGUCUUGUGGCGGAAACUAGUAUAAAAUGACGUGAUCAACAAUAGCCGAAAAAGGAAAAAUUGUAUAAAUGACUCCAUGACGUGUUUUAGCUAAUAGGGUGAUCAAAGGUGGUUAAAGAAUGUAUGUAGCCUGCAUAACUGGCGCUUUAUGAGCCACACAAGGCGAACAUGGCAUUUUGUGAGAGACGAGCGCGAAUCGCAAGGUGAGGGGUGGAGAAAAAAUUAAGUGCCUGUCAUCAGUCCAUUGUUCUGGCUCUUCUGCCCCACCAAAAUUUGGUUCUAUAUGUAUCGGAGAAAUUUUAGUAAUAAUGUGACCAUAUGCAUGCCCGUCCGAACCACAGGCAGAGGUAAAGGUAGAAAGUAACAAAAAAAACCAUGAAAAUUGGUGGUGAGAAAAUGAGAAAUAAUACAUGUAGCAGCCAGCAAGGUGAAAAUGAGUGGCAGUGAAAAGAAAAAGCGAGCAAAUACCACUUUUCCUAUACAAGAUGUGUAACGACAUGUAGGAAGUUUCACGUUGUACAUGUAGUUGUGCAAAACAACAUCAAAGGAAUGUACAAAAAAAGUGUGCUGCAUGUGCAAAGUUUUUUCUUUUGCUAAUUAGACCUACUGAUUUUUUGCUGUUCUCGUUGCUGUCGCCAUUUAGCAUUAAACGAUUGUAUCUUUUUGUCUGAUUGAAUUAUGAGUAUAUUAAUGAGAGCUUUGCUUUUAUCCUGGCUAAAUCUAUUUAGACAACUUUGACAUCUAACUUGUGCAUAGUGAAGAGUUCUUUCAAACCAUGCCUAAAUGCACCCAAAGUCAAGUAACUUUCAAAUAUUUUAAAUAAGUAAAUAGAACUCAUCGCAAUACAUGUAAGUAUUAUUGAGAGUUGCUACAUGUAAACAUACAAUGUAGUAUCUAUUGUUUGCCUCAGUAUGUCUUAUCAGUUGAAUAAUAUGCUUUUGCUGCAGUAUGAGGCAAUAACUGUGCCUUACCCAAAGGACAAGGAAACACCAGACAUUGACCAGAAAGAGAAGGAAUUGGUAAGAUUGUGAAACAAAAAUUCUACCUACAAUAUGUAAUAAUUUUGUAGAAUGAAUAUAUAAACUAAUUAAUACAUUAAUUUAUUACUGCUACAUGUAAGUACAUGUAAUUAUGAUUGGAGUAGGGGAAACUGGAAUUUAGUAGUUUCUGAUCUCUAUGAAAGUACUAGUGAUCAACCCAGUGGAUUUGUAUUUGGAAAACUGCAGCUGUAAACACAGGUAGCCCAAGCUCGAAAUAUGAGCAUCGGCGAGCAUCGGCAUUGUUGCGUAACAUUCAGAAUAUAAGGAUUUGUAUGGGAAAAAAAUCUAUCGUUUCUGUAACCUACGGAAAUGAAAGGAUUUCAAUAAAAAACAGCUUACCUUACUUAAAAUGUGUGUUACAUCUCUCCUGUGUGGUCCACGGGCCGAUUUACGGCCGUUUUAUGGGUUUUUAUGUAAACGGUUUUCUUUCUAUAUAAAGGUUAGAAAGAAGACCGUUUACAUAAAAACCCAUAAAACGGCCAUAAAUAGGUCCCUGGACAACGCAGGAGAGACGUAACACACAUUUUAAGUAAGGUAAGCUGUUUUUCAUUGAAAUCCUUUCAUUAUCGUAGGUUACAGAAACGAUAGGUUUUUUUCCCAUACAAAUCCUUAUAUUUUGAAUGUUACGCAACAAUGCCGAUGCUGGCCGAUGCUCAUAUUUUGAGCUUGGGCUACCUGUGCUGUAAUUGCACUAUCCAUUGUAUAGAAAUUUUAUCCAAUGAAUAAUGCAUCCUAUUUGCUUUUGGAGCAACUGGGGCCAGAUCCUGUUGAUUCUUUAUGCAAGCCUGGAGUGGACGUUAGUGCUCCAGAUAGUCCAUUAUUGGGCUGCUCAUGAGGGCAUUGGCCAGUUAAGAAAUAAGAAGCAACUUCUUUCUAUGUUAAGAAAAGACAAAAUGGCAGAUGGAACUCCCAGAAGGCUUUGCAUGUCCCACUCCCCUUUCAGUGGGGCCAAUUUUUACAGGGAGGGGACGGGUCAUUUCAGGUUCUCCUUUGGAAUGAUCAACACAAAACUAUUGAGCCAAUGAACCUCCACUAUAUGGAAGUCUUGUUUUCUUAAACCUUGCUGUGGUUAUUACCAGUGCAUGUCAGAGAAGAAACAAAUUGGCAAAUUAUUGUUCUCUUUCAUAGCUUGGUAGCACUGUACUCAAUACGUGACACACUGUGACAUGAAUUUCAUGUACAGUAUUAAAGGAUAGUAAGUCUGGUUUAUUAAGAAAAUCGUACAAAGAUAUAGAUAUUAAUAAAAAAAAAGAAUUAAUUUAAACUAAUUAAAUAGUGUUUGAAAUGGACUGGGCCUUACAGUUAUGAGAAGAUAUAAUACAAUAAAUUAGAUAAAAAAAAUAGAAACUAGAAAUAUACAUCAAGUUAUACAUUAAAUUCCCAUAAGUUCCUAAAUUACAUGCCAUGAGCAUAAAGGCACAUUACCGGAAAAAAGCUUUGUUUAUUAAAGCAAUCAGUUUUGUAAGGGAUGGUCUGUCUUUGUUGCGGAGGGAGCGGCCGUGCGCCUGCGACCGAGUCGGUGGAAAAAGAUGGCGAAGAUAGGACUUGGGCUCUUUUAUCUUUGUGAAUAAUUUGCUACACAACUCCAUUCUUCUUGUGUGAAGUGAUACGCACCUGGUUGUAGCUAAGGCCUCUUGGUAAAUGGAUUAGUCUUAUAAGCUUUAAGCUCAUAAGCUUUGACGUCCUAAACAGUAGCUAUGAAUUGAAGGCACCAAACAUAAAAGUGUUCUUUUUUCACGUACAGGAGGAGCAUGCUGUCAAGACAGUCAAGCUUGCUAAUGAAGAGAUUGCUAGAUAUGAAGCUGAGGUAUGAAAGUGAAGGAGAAAAAUAAUGUCACAGCAAAUUAAAGCCUUGGCAGUAUUAUUUAAUUUUUAUUGUUUAGGUUUUAGCUUGAGUUCAUCGUAACUGUCACAGUCUGCCAAGGUGCCGCAAAUGUAAUAUAUGUGAAAGGUAUUUUCACAUGGUGUCCCAUUGGCCUUAUUGAUGUUCUGAAAACUAAAAAACUGUGAAACAGUGGCCAUAAUAGGCCUUUUGCAUGAGUUGAUGACAUGAUCAACUUUCGGUAGAAAUGAAAACAGUUCGCUUUUGAAAAAUAUUGUUAGCACAAGCUGAAAGAGCAUAUUAAAAUUAGGCAACCUGUCAAUUUUCAGCCAUAUAUCUCAAAAGUAGCAAUUGCAACGGCCGCCGAAAAUUAGAAGGAUUUGUAUGAGAAAAACAACUUUUGCCACCCAGUCUAGCUUGAAUGGUUUUCCACACAAAUCCUUGUAAAUUUCGAAAUUUUCAAACUGUCGUGAAAUAUUUCCUUAAGCAUUACGGACCUCAAAUCUCCUUUUAAUUCAUAACAGACAAUUUUAGCCCUAAAAUGCGUAAGAGAAAUAUUUAACGACAGUUUAAAAACUUCAGAAUUUACAAGGACCUGUAUGGAAAACCACUCAAGCAUGACUGGGUGGCAAGAGUUUUUUUCUUAUACAAAUCCUUCUAAUUUUCGGCAGCCAUUGCAAUCACUACUUUUGAGAUAUAUGGCUAAGAAUUGUCAGGUUUCCUAAUUUUAAUAUGCUCUUUCAGCUCGUGCUAACAAAAUUUUUCAAAAGCGCAUUGUUUUCGUUUUUACUGAAAGUUGAUCACGUACUCAACUAAUGCAAAAGGCAGGAGGGCCAUUAUGAAAACUACUGGGUGACCAGUAAUCAAUGUCUUUACCCUCGUUAAAUAAAGUUAUUACUUACUUACUUACUUACUUAAAAGGCCUAUUAAUGGUGUUAACCUGUGAACAGGCUCUCUGUUUGGAGAAAAACAUAGCGAGGAAAGGGAAGGGAAAGGGGGAACUGCUGUUCGCAGGCUAGAAGCGGAGAGGCCUUUUCAGUUUUCCCUCUCCCCAGUUCCCCGCUUGACCAAAGGCCUGUUCACGGGCUACAAUGGUGUUGGAAUCCAUCUCUUUUCUUAAGUGAACACUUUCCUUUAUUCUGGUAAACUAAACAAAUCUGAAGACCACAUGAAUGAAGAAGUAUCAUGUGUUACUACCUCAAAAAGAAGUCUUAACUGCACAAUCUAUUUACUGACCAAUAAAUAACUGAUAGCAACUGCUACCAUUUGAUUGAUUACAAUCAAUACUUGGUGACCAGUCAAUGGUUACAGUUUUAAUCUGUGGGUUUAAAUGCGAAUUGGUUAACAAUGCAAACAAUAUUAACUUAAUUAGUUCCAACUGUUAGACAUAAUAAUUAUUCAAUAGUCUUUCUUCAAUGCGUUAUUAAAGGCAAGCAUAUACUGUAGCUAAUAGUUAAUCAAACGCAAGGACAGCAAUGAUUUAUCAGUGCUGUUCGUCUUAAUUUUGGGAAGCACUCUCUUUAAUGUUGAAUUUUUCAAACGUCCCUAUUCUAGGACCAGGCUCUUUGACGGGGGAAAAAGGCGAAUAAUGGGAUGAAACGGGGAAACAGGGCAAAAAAUUAUCCUAUCGGGGGUGGGGGGUUGGGCAGUAGAGCGGUAAAGGGCAGUGCCUCUGUCCCUUCCUCUCUUCAGUCCCCUUCUAUUCACCUCUUUCUUCGUGCUCUCCGUAAUACUGGUUAUUCGACCACUUUGCCUACCGAGGAGCUGGUCGUAGACAAAAACAACCCUUACUCGGGCGUCUGGAGGCUUCUAAAAUGCCCUCAGUCGUAA